AUGGACGAGGCCUCGACUACCACGGUUCCCGACUUACCAUUCCCCGCUCCCAAUGACGAACCCGGAGAAAACACCCGACUGGAAAAAAGGGCAUCUCUCCCUUCCAUUGGGCACUCCCAAACACAACCCGAUCAAUUAUCCUCUGCCUCGAGUUCCAUGUGCUCGGCGACCCAGCCUUCCCACGUUAUUGCCUCCCCUAACGACUCAUCUACGUCAACUCCAACGCUGUUCUCGGAGACAAACAACGAUGAUUAUGGCUUUCUUACCACUUUGGCAGCCCAGGAGCGAAAAGUGCUUGAACUUAAAGAAGAACUACAAAAGGCGGAGGCAGAGCUGGUGACACUCAAACGCCAAUGGGCUCUGGUGGAGAAAGACAGAAAACGAAUCGAGAUAUACCACCACGUGGAGCCCUUAAAACCCCUGAAACUUGCCGACUCGAAUUUUUUGGAUGUUUCAAAUUCUCCCCAGACCGACAAGGCUACGACGGUGGUGACGAACCAGAAUCAUGCGAGAAUGAGCCAUGAACUCAAGCGACAGAGCUGGAGAAACUCACAUUCUUCAUCCCCUAGAGACUCCCAACUUACUAUAGUCUCGGUAAAAGGCCGGACAGUUUUCCAAAGCUCCAAACACACUAGGACUCUCUCCUUACUCUCUCCCAGCACGAGCAAUUCCGAAUUCAAACCGUCGUUUCCCCAACCAAAAAACAUAGAUGGGCAAGACAAAGCUGCUAGUUCACGGCCAUCGAGCUAUCCGAGAUCUGCAACAUUACCCUCCGUCGACCGCAGCGAUAUUAUAAGACCAACAAAUGGUGGUAACUCCACCCCUGCCACAGCGGAACAAAAAGCCCAGUGGCGCCGCACUUUGCCACCAAUUGCUCAAGAUGUUACUGCAGAGACACUAAUGAGAACCGGUCGACAGAUGGCCUCAGAUUUCAGGGAGGGCUUGUGGACGUUUAUUGAAGAUAUCAGACAGGCGACAGUCGGAGAGGAGGGAAUCAAUGGCACAGAGUCCAGGUCAACAGCACACAAUGCACAGUCUGGCCAACGGGGAAUGUCAAAACGGGAUGUUGGAUCAGGGGCGUCGACAAGGACGGGAAGAUCCACAACUCGGCGGGGCAUAAUGGCAGAUUCGCAUUCAGCAUCCGGUAAUGAUUCAACAUCAAAAGCUCAAGAGAUAUCCUUUUGGAGUGAAUUCGGCAUUGAUACUCCUGACCAGAGGACAAAAAGCUCCCCCCAAAACGCCGAAAACCCCAGCCCCGACGAAAUGAGACAGCAGAAACAGCAGGAGCAAGAUCCAGAGGACCCGAGCCUUCAGGACGUAGAUGAUAAUUGGGAUAUGUGGGAUACCCCCAGCAAACCGAAGUCUUCGCACACCCCGUCUUCCAGUAGCUCAACGUUCCAUUCCAACCGAGACUGUUCUCCUUUCACUGAUUCCAGCAGUCCACGAACUAGUGCAAGUUUCACAAACCCCACAUCUCCGGCCUCUAAAGACGAUCAAAGCACGCACACCAACAAGAAAUCAGACAGCAUCCCCUGGCCAGUACUCAGCAGUUUGCACCCAUCCAAACUUACGCGAACAGCAUCCCACCUGAUGGCGGAGUGGGAGCGGAGUCUUAUUCCACCAGAAGAGCGGCAAAAGUUGGCAGCUGAAACUAACGGCGAUAUCAAUACCAGGGGAACGGAAAAUUUUUAA